AUGGUGUCCAUCACGAAAGCAGCCAUCGUUGGGCUUGCCCUCGUAGCAACUGCGCACGCUGCAAUCCCAUCGCGAACCCCAGCUCCAACGCCAAGUCCGACUCCUGCAUCGACACCUGCCCCAACACCUGCUCGUACACCGGCACCAACCCCCGCUCGUACUCCUUCCCCCACACCGGCACCGACUCCGGCCCGAACUCCUGCCCCGACUCCAAUCCCGACUCCUGCCCCGACUCCAGCCCCAACCCCCGCACCUACUCCCGCACCAACCCCUGUCCCGACUCCAGCCCCAACUCCAGUCCCGACUCCAGCCCCGACUCCAGCCCCAACUCCUGCCCCGACUCCAGCCCCAACUCCCGCACCAACUCCAUCACCAACUCCUGCACCCACUCCAUCUCCUACUCCUCAACCAACGCCUGCACCGACGCCAGCACCGACGCCUGCACCAACUCCCGAACCUACACCUGCACCAACUCCUGAACCUACGCCUGCUCCAACCCCUGAACCUACGCCUGCGCCAACCCCAGAGCCGACCCCUGCACCUACGCCAGAGCCAACCCCUGCACCAACUCCUGCCCCGACACCAGCCCCAACCCCCGCACCAACCCCUGAACCGACUCCUGCACCAACUCCUGAACCGACUCCUGCACCGACUCCUGAUCCGACCCCUGCACCAACUCCCGCACCAACUCCC